AUGAAACCGUCGAAACUUUCUCGUCAUAUGGAGACACAUCACAGCUUCUUGAAGGCCAAGCCUAUUGACUAUAUGCAACAGAUGUUGCGUGAUUUCAGAGGACAGCAGACGCUCAUGAGAAAAAGUGCAAAGGUCAGUGAAAAUGCGCUGAAAGCCUCAUAUAUGGUGGCUCUUAGAGUUGCACAAUGUAAAAAGCCACAUACAAUUGCAGAGCAGCUGAUUUUGCCAGCAGCUAUAGACAUGUGUAAAACCAUGAUGAACGAAGAAUGUGCAAAUAAAUUAAAAACGAUUCCUUUGUCAGAUAGCACAGUCGGACGUCGAAUUGAGGAAAUGGCAAAUGAUGUGAAAGAGCAGUUGAUAGAGAAACUUCGAUCAGUUCAAGGAUUUUCCAUUCAAUUAGACGAGACGACAGAUAUAACAAAUGACGCGCAACUUUUGGCAUUUGUGAGAUACGAGGAUAAUAGUGCAAUGUGUGAGGAAUUUCUCUUUUGCAAACCGCUGCCAGGGCGAACUACAGGUGCUGAGAUCUUUUCAGCUAUUGAUGACUUUUUCAAAGAACACAAUAUUUCGUGGCAGAAGUGUGUGGCGCUAUGUAGCGAUGGUGCCAGAGCAAUGAGUGGGAGCCAGACUGGAUUGAUUGGGCACGUAAAGAAAGUAGCACCGGCAAUAAUUUGGACACAUUGCAUGAUUCAUAGAGAAGCUCUGGUUGCCAAGGAUCUCAGUGUUGAGUUCAGCGAGGUGUUUGAUGCUGUUGUUAAAACCGUAAACCUGAUCAAACGAAAAGCAUUAAAUACACGCCUGUUUGCAUCUCUAUGUCAAUGCUUAGGAAGUGAACACACCUCUCUCCUUUACCAUUCAGAGGUGAGAUGGCUGUCUCGCGGCGCGGUGCUCGCCCGUGUAUUUGAACUUCGUGACGCUAUCUAUACUUUCUUGUGCGAAAAGGAGUGCACUGAACUGGCUUACAUGUUCAACGACAGCCACUGGUUGACUAAGCUGGCGUAUCUCACCGAUGUUUUUGCAGAGCUUAACAAGUUGAACACUUCAAUGCAAGGGAGAGAUUCAAACGUCCUGCAGCUCUACGAAAAACUAGAGGCAUUUGUUAAAAAAAUGUCAAGAUGGAUAGAACGAGUGGAGAGUGGUAACUUGGCUAUGUUUCCUUCAGUUGAGGAAUAUUCUGACAGCACUGACAUUAAAGACAUUGUGUGUGAGCAUUUGAGGAAGCUUGUGCUUCAAUUCCGAAAGUACUUCCAUGAUUCUGAUGAGUGGCGCUGUGACAGCAAAUGGAUCCUGCUCCCAUUCAGUGAUGAUGCAGCAGCAGGGUCAAGCUUAACUACUGUAGAAGAGGAUCAGCUCAUAGAGAUGUCCACAGACUCUGUCAGGAGGCAUAUGUAUGAUACACAACCCCUAAUGAAGUUCUGGAUAAGUUGCCAGACAGAAUUUCCAGAGCUUUCAGCAAAAGCAGUGAGGUGUCUUUUACCAUUUCCAACUACAUAUCUUUGUGAGAGCGGGUUUUCUACACUGGCAUAUCUAAAGAACAAGUACAGGGCAAGGCUAGAACCAGAGAAUGAUAUGAGGCUGUCACUAUGUACCACUAUAUCACCACGAAUAGACAGACUGUGUGGUAGUCACCAUGCCCAGAAAUCCCACUAA